AUGGCGCGCUACAGCGGCGAUGUGUUCACAGCCCACAUCCGUGAAACGCGGCGGCCACACCCACUCGCCAACAUCCGCCCUCCGCGCCAACGCUCCUCAUCUCAUCACUACCGCACCUCGGACUGCAUCGUAAGCGAUCACGUCAUUGCGCCUGGCGGUCACGGAGCUACUAGUACUAUCCGCCACGUCCUCGACGACGUCGCCGGCGACCGUCCCGUCCGGGUAGUCCUCAACAACUGCAAUCUGCAUUUCUACCAGACCGGCCCAGGCCCCAACCCACCCCCCGACACCCUUCCUCUUCCCGGUCGUGGCGGCGGUGGGGGCGGCGGCCGCAUCCAGCGCGUUGUUCGCAUCCGCAGCCCCUCCCCGGACCGUGACCGCGAUCGGCGACCCGCCCCGACCCUAGUCAUGCGUGCCGGCAGUGGGAUGGUAAGCGAUGAUCCGUCUGAUGACGAGGGAUUGCGCCGCGGCGGCAGCGGAGGGGUGGGCAUUUGCGACGGGUGCUUUACCCGGCAGCGGCUAGGCAUUGACGGGCUGUGCGCCGAGUGCGAGUACUUUGCCGUGUCGUCGUCGCCACCAUUAGGCGAUGGGCGGGCCAGCGCAAGGCCAGGGGCCAGCGCGUGGAACGGGGUGCGGUACAUCUCGGUGUCGAGUGGCGGGGACCGUGACACGGCCGUAAGGCGGGAGAUGAGGGAGCGCAUGCGCGACAGGGAUCGGGACCGCGCGAGGCUGUUGGAGAUUGAGCGCGAGAUUGAGUUGAGGGAGUUGGAGAGGCAGCGCGAACGGCAGAGGGAGGUCGAGCGGGAGCGGGACAGGGCGAGGGAGAGGGCCAGGGAAUUGGCGAAUGAGCUGGCGAGGGAGAGGGAGAGGAGCCGAGAAAGGGGGAGACGACUCUACUCGGGGUUUUACACCAGCGACUCGGAUCUGGAUAGUCUCUGA